AUGUUCACCGGAAACAGGCUCUCCGUCGUAGUACCCGCUCAGUCAUCGAGGAACGAUACAGUCGUUGACGGAAUUGAGUUGCAAUCAAAGACUUCACAAGAUGCACAACCCUCCAUCGUGGGUCGGUCUAACACUAGCAUCCACGUAACUGCCCUGGAUGGCAUAGUAAAUGUGAACUCGCUCUUCACCAUGUCAAUCUUCAUCGGUUUCUCCCUCACGGUACCUGCAAAUGGCAGCGCUGGGCAUCCAGCAUCGUGCAAUGCCAGUAUCGAUACAGUCAGAAGACUUAUCGCUUUCGAAGUCAUUUCCUUCAGUUUCUUUCUCUUUUCCUCCCUCAUAGCCCAAAGUCUCAAGCUCACAAUUAACUUGUUGAACAGUUUAGAUGCAAGCGACCCUCAUAAAGCUGAUAUCGACUCUUCUGUUCUGAAAUACGGGUUGUUUGGCUCCGCCACUGGAUCCGUCAUGGGAUGCUUGUUUUUGACACUUUCCAUCGUGGAUUUUAUUCAAGUGAAACUUGGAGUACUUUCUUGUGGGGGUGAACCCGUGUACGGGGUCGUGACACUAGUUGUAUUCGUGGGUUCUUCUCUACUGGUUUAUAUUUUCACUUCUGUAUAUGCUUCAUUCUUUAUGUGA